CAUCACGGCAGAACAAUGUUUCAAUCAUUUAUCGGUAAUUGCUCAAUCAUUCUUCAAUUUAUGUAUAAUACAUUUUGAUACUAUAUUUUAGUAAAAAAUAUACUAUAUAUUAGAAAUAUACUACUAUACUAUACUAUUUAUACAUUUAUUCAUGUACAUGCUUUACAUAUUGAUAAAUCGGUAAAAACAUAUCGUUAAUUUAAAAAGUGCAUUUUCAUAUGCUUAUCGGCAGUUGUGUGGAGGUUAUAAACGCUUGCUACCGAUCAGAUAUGUACGUAACUUCAAAAGGAACACAAUGGAACUAUCAGUUACCGCUUUGCUCCUGCUGGGAUUUGUGAACUUUUCGUGGCAGAAUGAACGGAUACCCAGAGUCAGGACGUCUCUCGGGGACAUACGCGGAUAUUAUAAGGUUUCUCGACAUGGUAGGAAAUACGAGGCGUACGAAGGUAUUCCCUAUGCGCAACCGCCCGUUGGAAAACUUAGGUUCAAACCACCGCAGCCCGUGCAAGAAUGGAUAAAUGAGUUACCCGCCGUGGAGAAAGGUUCUGUUUGCGCCCAAUAUGUUAUAUUAUCUACUCCUCAAAAUGGAGACAAAGUUACGGGAUGUGAGGAUUGCUUAUAUAUGAAUAUUUAUAGACCGUUUAGGAAUGGCAAUGAAUCCUUGUUACCAGUGAUGUUUUGGAUUCACGGAGGAGCUUAUCAGUUUGGUAGCGGAAACGAAGUUAACGAAACGCUUGUAAUGGACCGUGAUGUUAUCCUGGUCACGUUUAAUUAUCGUCUAGCAUCCUUCGGCUUUCUCAGUACCGGUGACAGUAUAGUACCUGGAAAUAUGGGAUUGAAAGAUCAGAACGUGGCUUUGCGUUGGGUGUAUAAUCAUAUUAGAAAUUUCGGUGGCGAUCCGAACCAAAUAACUAUUUUUGGUUUGAGUGCAGGUGCUGCCAGCGUCCAUUAUCAUUAUUUGUCACGCUUAAGUACUGGUCUUUUCCAAAGAGGAAUAUCGAUAAGUGGCGGGGCACUCACUCCUUGGGCACAGACAAAAUAUGCUCCUGACAAGGCUAGAAGAUUCGCAGCUACCUUAGGAUGUCCAACACGCAAUACAAAAGAAAUGAUCGAUUGUCUCCAAACUCGCCCUGCGCGAAUUAUAUCGCAAGUUACUGGCGAACUGUCACAGAAUCUUUAUGUACCUUUUGGACCAGUUGUUGACAAAUAUGGACCCAACCCUUUUAUCACUCGUUCGCCAAUCGAUAUUAUCGUUAGUGGCGAAGCAUACGAUGCUCCCUGGAUUUCUGGAGUAGUUAGCGAAGAAGGAUUAUUCAUCUCUGCAGCAUUUGUUGGUAAUGAUCAACUGUUGAAGCAGUUGAACGAUGACUGGGAUAAUAUUGCACCAUAUUUGCUUGACUAUAACGAUACUCUUCCUCUUAAUCAACAUAAAGAGGUUGCGGAAAAAAUUAGGAAGUAUUAUUUGGGAUCUAAACCUAUUGACAGUAACACAUCAUUGUCGGUGACACAUAUGAUAGGUGAUCGGAUGUUCGGCGUUGAUUUGCAGAAAGCUGUCAUUUUGCACGCGAAAAUUAAUAAAAGUCCGGUGUGGACUUAUUACUACAGUUACAGAUCUAUGCAUAGUUUUAGUGAAAUUGUGAGUGGUGGUUCUGCCAAGAACUUUGGGGUAAGCCAUGGAGAUGAUGCAUUUCUUGUGCUUGAUACUAGAAUUUCAAACGUUUCGAGGCCGAAUGACUUGGAAAUGCAACAAACAUUGCUCGAUUUUUACACGUCAUUUGCUAUAGAGGGUAAACCACGUGCCGGCAAUGUUCAAUGGCAAACAUUAGAUCCCAAUGAAAAAGAAUUUCAAUAUCUUCAUAUAGCUAAUCCGCGAAACAUAAAGAUGGAAACUAGUAACGACUUCGCGAACAUAAACUUCUGGAAUACGAUCGAUUUUAAUGAAAACAAAAUAAGUGGGCAGGAGUAACAAAGAAGAAGUAACUGAACUUAGCUGCUAUUUCCUGGCUGUUUAUUUUUAGCAAAACUAUUAACCAGGUGUGUGAAAUAAAUCAGCAAAUUUUUUAAUAAUUACUACAUACAACCAAUUAUGUUGUAUCAUUUUUGAAUAAUGUUUUAUUCAAAUAUUCUUUAACUCGAACCAUUAAUAUCCCCUUGUAAGGGAAGGUAGUGAGAAUCAGAGAGUAGAUCGAAAUUAGACAUACAAAAUCGUUUAUUCUAUAUAAAAGGACACUUUAUACUAGCACGUACUGUCAAAUCUAACCUACUUCCAUACAGUCAGAACCACCGAGAUACCCUCGGCUCGCUCGUUUCUUUAUGUAUCACAUAUUAUUACACGUGGCGAAUAAUGGAUAAUUAUGCUGAUAAUAAUGGGGAUAACUGACAUCGUGGUCGUUCGUAAUUGAUUACAAAAAUGAAACAAAUAGAGGAUGCAGGAAGAAAGUAAACGAACGAACGAAAUGAAAGAAGAGAAAACAGAAAGAAGAAAUAUCCGAGAAAUUUAUCACGAGCAUCUUGAGUAUAUUCGCGUACUGUGCAUAGUUAAUAUUCGUCUCGCUAUUCACAGCAUGAUCAAUUCUAAUCUACAAUUCGGCUUCCAUUGAAAAUCGAUUUCUAUAAUCGAAGAACUAUCGCAACGCGGUAAACGUUCGCGCUAGAAGAUUAUUGGCACCAGAUAAAAAUUGGUCAUUCUGUGUAUAAAUAUCAUGUAUUUAUAUUUAUAUAUAUCUAUAUUUAUAUAUAUAAUAUGUAUAAAGGUGCGUGGCUCGUUUGCGUUGUCAAAGAACACGUUCGUCAGCCGCGACGGAUUGAUCGAUUGUGACACGACGGGGAAGAUUUUUACCAACGCUGAGCACGCAGUCGUUAAUUAAUUACAUGCAUCCUAUGUGUUCAUCAUAAUUAAUAUAUCUUACGUUACAGUUACACAUCUAUAUCAUAUAAACGUACCGUCGUAACAACUCGAUACUCGUUUUACCUUCGGUAUAGUACGAGCCACCAUAUAAUGAGAUUGUGAAACUUAUCAGUAGUCGACAGUAUUCAUUAGUCAGUAAUGAUGGUGCUGAGACGAAGGAAUCGAUAGAAAUAUGACCACAUAAGGACCCACUGUCAUGGCCAUGUAUGUAUAUGUAUGUAAUACAUGGAAUAAAAAUUUAUAUUUACAUAUGUUAAAAUCCCUCUGUUUUUUAAUAUAUUAAAGUACUAAUUUGUAUUUUUAGCUUUUUAUUUAAUAAUAUUAGAUGAUGAUUAAUAAUAAUCUAAUUUCUAAUUAUUAAAAA